AUGUCGCUCAUAGUAAACCAGCACUACGGCAGCCAGGCUGUCAUUCGUAACCACUACCACAACUACCGGACCCAUCAGCCCGACCCGUAUCCCCAUGGCUCAAGGCCGCAGAAACGUACUUGGAGCAUGCAUACCUUCCCCAAUGCGACCCAUCCCGCGUAUCCGCUCGCCGCUCGAGCCCCUUUUUACACACCAUGGCCCAUUGCCAAUCCGCCGGCACCCAUCAUCAUCAACAACUGCGCCUGUGCACGCUCUUCCCCGAUCAAUGUCAAUGCCCCUGCACCCGACCUCAGGCUAGCGCAGCCUACUGAGGCUAUACAGUUCGACUCAGGUGCUACAGCACCUCUGCGUUAUCCGGAGGUGCGAGGGUCGGUAGAGCCGGCCACAACCACAGUUGUGCCGCCUGGUGCGUUUCACGAAGCAGCCAUUGGGGUACGAGCGCGCGAUAUUCUGCCGACAGUACGCCCACCGCGAGGACCGCGCGUUGAAACACCCCCUCCUUCGCCACCUCCACGCCGUUCUACGCGUUACAAAGCGGCGUAUGACGAUGCGCAUUGUCUCGCUAGUAGCGGGCCCAUCGCCGCCCAUCGUUACUCUGCUGACGAGGGGCAUGAAGCGCCCGCUGUCAAUCAAGACUACGGUUCCCGUUAUGAGAACACAGAGUAUGGAACAUCGAGAGUCAAGCCACAUAUCCGUGGGGCGCACUUUGGCGACGCGGCGCGGCCGGCACGGUCUGUCAACGGCCCGGAGCGCCUUACCCCACCUCCUUCGCCGCGUCGAGGACCUCCCUCCCAUCCGACCCCGUUCUCCGCUGGCGGGCUUGCCAUUCCCGGUUCUCCGGGACACACGCCCUUCAUACAGAGCAUGGCAAUUGAUGAAAGCGUCGGUACUCCUCAUUCUAGGGCCGGGAUCGAUCGCAAAGGACGCGAAGGCGAUGAGCUGUUGGGCUCGCGCGCUGUGCGCACCGACGGGGGCUUCACGCCUAACUUCAACUUCUUGAGACAGUCUCGCUGUGCGGCUGCGCACCAGCCGACGGUCCCGCAGUGCACCGAGCAUCAUUCAUACUCGCCGCUCAAUAUAGCGCAUAAGUCCCCCUUUGAGACGCAGGCUGGGUGA